ACAGCUGAGAAGGAUUUUGGGCUGUCGUUUGCAGACUGCACUAAUUUACAUGUUUGGGUUCAAAAUAAAAACGGAAUAAUGGCUGUUGUAAAUGGAUUAAUUGCUGUAUGUUUGUCAAUUUUUUUACUCUAUCUUGUGGGACUUAAGGGUUACCUGAAAAUCUAUCGCGACAACAAGUGCGAAAUGACUUAUAUGUUUGAGUAUCCUCAGUAUGUGAGAAUAUCACUUCCACUCAAUGUUUCCUUUCAAUUUCGACGCUAUGGCUUGUUCGCCUACAGUGAAGGUCGAUAUACUGAACGUGCCAGGGAAAUGAAGUUUAAUGGAAUACCUGUAUUGUUCAUUCCUGGGAACAGCGGCUCACUAAAGCAAGAUCUAUUGAAGGAUUCUCAAUUUGAAUCUGUGAGAUCUCUGGCGUCAGUGAGUUUGAGAAAGUCGUUGAGCUCCCAUGCUCCUUUUCACUUCGACUUCUUCUCAGUCGACUUGAACGAGGAGUACAUGGGAUUGUUCGGCGGAUUCCUCAACGAUCAGACCAGAUUUGUGCACCACUGCAUAGAGCGAAUAUUCGCGCUGUACAAGCGCAACAAGCCUGAUUCGAUUGUCAUCAUUGGACAUUCUAUGGGAGGAUUGAUAGCGAAAGGACUGUACCUGGACCCAGAAUUUGACUCGAGCCGUGUCCGUCUGAUGAUAAGUUUGGCAACACCACACAGUCCUGCUCUGCUGCUGGACUCCUACAUGGCUGACUACUAUGAGCGCCUGGCUGAUCUGCCCUCUCUCGACAAGAGUGUCACGCUCAUAUCAGUUGGCGGAGGCAUAAGAGAUCGGCUCAUUAGGUCUGGACUCACUUACACUAGGGACGCUCACAUAUGCAUUACUAGUACUCAAGUACCAGAUGUGUGGCUCUCUACCGAUCACCUUUCAAUACUCUGGUGUAAGCAGUUGGUCCUGGUUCUCGUCAGAGCUCUCUUUGAUUCUGUUGAUCUCAACACAAAGCAGAUAUCAGCAGAUCCUAAAUAUCGAGAACGUGUUUUCAACUAUCAUUUGAUCAGUCGCACCGCUGGCAAAAGCCUAAGCACCUCUCAGCACCCUGAAAAAGUGCAGCUUUGGGACGGAGUGAGUCGACCGGGCGCCUGGCUCAAAGUGACUGAUAAACAGCAGACUGUGGCGCACCCUGGCGGAGUCAAUCAACCCACCCACCAUAUCAUCCCUCUCUACGAACUCAGGCAACAACGGUCACUGCUCGAUGUACUCAGCGUCAACCAUCGCAACAAGGACUGGCUGUUUGCCUGCAAAGCUACAAAAACUAAUGUUAAAACUGGUUCUGGAAAUGGUAAAACGGUUGCUGGAAAUGGUAAAACAGAUGGCGAUGAGUUGCUGAUGUGUACUUGGGCCGACAACUUGUCGCCUUCUGGGCGAAUUGCGCCAACCAAACAUCUGAAGAGGAAGGUUGCUCGACUUGAUUUGACGGAACUGAGGAAAAAUGGUCAUACGCAUGUUGUGGCCAGGAUUUUGCCCACUAGCCAACCGGUGAGAAUGUAUUUUGACAUGCAUGGCUUCUACGAAAGAACAGUGACUCCGCCUUCACUUCCUCGAUGGAUAUCUCCAAUACCUGCCACCCUUGUCCACGAAACCACUCCAAAAUCCGUGAGAUAUACUAUAGCUUUACCAGGACUGCAUUCAAUAUGGCAAGCAUACAGGGUGUUGGUUGAGACGGUGAACUGUUCACAAAUCGAACACCAGACUGUUAUUUCAUUGGUUAUUCCAUGGGGCGCUGAAGGCAUCAGUAAAGUAUUUUUGACCGAUAGAGCUUCGCUGCCAAUUCGUCUACAGUCAGCCAAACCUGUGACGUCACCACCUAUAAUGGAUCCCUUUAUCGACCUCACUCUGGAUCCCGUCUGUACUUAUGCUGUCCAUAUAGAGAGUUCUAUUUUCCUGAGUUUGGGACAGAUGGCUAGGUUCUAUUCGCCUUUGAUUGUGACCAGUGUUACCACCAUACUACUUUUGACACUAAGACACCAACUGCACUGCCUUGGCAACAAACAGAAAUGUCCCCUCUUCAUGACUGCUCUCGUUACUGGUGCUAAACCUUACUAUGUAAUACCUGUCGCCAAAAUCCUGUCACAUCUUGGGAGAUCUCGAUUUGUGGCUCACCUUCCUCUGUACGGUGUGAGCUCACUGCAUGAGCUGGGCAUAGACUUUGUGUUCCUGCCAAUUCUGCUGUAUGCAAUCGGAUUGGCGGUCACCUAUAUGAUCGGAGUGGGCACUUACGUUGGUAUUGUUGCCAGUGGCCAAGCUGUUAACAAACUGGUUAUGAGAUUCUUGGGCCGCCUGAUGCCAGGUUGGUCGGACUGGGUGAUGUCCGGAUUAAGCAAGGUGCCCCUAGCUGUGGCCGUGUUCAUGGUAGCUCUGUGCCACACUGCCAGUGCUGGCCUCGCUCUAACCGUCGGAGCAGUUUUCUACUUCAUCAAGGUUUGCUCCUUAUAUGAUGACUAUCUCGAGCAGUUGAUGAUGUGGCCACUUAAGAUUGCUAAAAGAGAACUCUUUGGAAAAGUAAAUGUGAAAAAGGAAGAAGAAAGGAGAGCGCUGACAGAGGAAGAGGAAAAGGAGGAGAAGGAGGACAGCACCACUUUUGAUGAACUGCAAGAAAUGUUCGACCUGACUGAAAUAAAUUACCACAUCACUGUUAUGCUGAUCUGGAGCACCGCCACCCUGAUACACAUCCCCAGCGUACUAGUGUGGGCCCAUAACUACAGAUACAAUACGAAACUGGAGCCUGACCCAGCUUGGUGGAAUGGUAUUAUCUUGAGUAUUUGUGCCGGCGUUCUGUGGCAAGGAAAUCUCCCCAGAAUGAUCUCGUCUACUACGAAGAACUCGGGAAUGCUAUGUUCGGUUUGGCCGUGCUCGCACUUGCCUUCACUCACUUUUCGCUCCAUCGGCUUGGUCCCUUACUUACAACCUCCAUCGUACUGAUCACACUUCACCACCUUCUAGCACCUUGGUUCACACCGAAACCCGCGGCUGCACCGGCCCUGGGAGAGGAUGAGGAGGAAGCAGGAGAAGGAGAGGAGGAGGAGGCAGGCCACCCGACUUUGACUGACUCAAUCACACCGGAUGAUGAUGAGGAGGGGGAAGAGGAGGAGAGAGAUUGUCGCGCUCUAGCGGAGACUCUGACAAACAUCACCGAGCAGACUGAGGAGAUCAGCGAGGAUCCGACUAACGGAUCCGAAUCGGACAAAGUGUCCGACUUUGACAAACUGACGCCGACGUCCGAUUCGGAUCAGGAACUGGGCUCUAGCAAUGCGUCCGUGUCGUCCUUUGAGAACCUCUCGGCUACCGAGCUUAACAAGUCUCCUCCAGCUGCGCAGUAGAGUGUUGAAACCAUCUUCAUACUCUCUGCAGAAGCGAGUGGAGACCGUCUGUAGAUUCUCUGCAGAAGCGAGGAAAACGUUGAAUUUUUCUGUUGGAUUAUAAUGGGGCUGGGUAAUAGGUGCCGAGUGUCUGCAGACUCAUGACAGACGUGAGGAAAAUGUGUGAUUAGAUUUUAAUGUUGUUGAGAUUGUAGGGUAUGUGUAACAGUUUCAGAGUGUCUGCAGACACUUGAAAUACGCGAGGAAAAAGUUUGAAAGAUAUGUUUAAAAGAUCUGAGAAAAAUGUGUAGAGCGCUCGCAGACGCAUGGAAGAUGUCAUGAGAUUUGAAUGUUCGAAACAAUUGAACCAGCGCAUAAGGUGUAGAUUUUCUUCUGAAUUGUAUUCUUUUGGCUAAAGAUGAUGCCCUUUAUUGGAUGAAUGGGUUUGAAAGAUGAACUAAAUUCCAAUUUUGUUAUCUGCUUGCUGCUUAUAGUAGUGCUUGUAUGGUUAUAAGGAUUCUAUAGGUACCAUAUGAGAAUGUUUUGUUGCAAGCAAGUCAGAUAUCAGUUCGCCCAGUUAUAGGCGAUUUAUGAACCACUGGGAAUUAACUUUAGAACACAUGCAUAUAAUGAGUAUGUAUUUAAGAUCAUAGCGGACCAUUUUCAUGAAAGUGCUAAGCCCUUGUUAUCCAUCGGAUCAUCUAAAUAAUGGUAUUACCGUUGAAUGAGUUUUAUAUUGGAACGGCCCUGUACAUACUGUUAUUGAAACUCUUAAGGAGUUAUAGUCUAUCACAUUUCCUGAAAUUGUCUUAAACUUCCUAGUUAUAACUGAAAGUGAUCUCAAAAGUCUAUCUUGAUCUAUAUUCGUUCGUUCCAUUAUCUCACUUCAAUAUGCAAUGCUAUUUGACGUCGUUGACAUUCAACGUUUUCCUCUUUUUCCAAGAGAUCUGCAGACUCUGUCGUCUGUCUGUCUGUCUGUCUGAUGUUGUGAUGUCUGAUGUAUUUGGUGUUUUAUAUUUAUAAGAAGCUUCACCAGGUAUGUGUGCAAUUUAUCGUAGGUUAGAAAAGUUAAUUCUUACUCUAGUCAGGCAGUUGAGCUUUUAAGCUGAUAAGGAAGCUGUGAUGUCUCUGAAAUGAUGCUUGAAAGAUUCAAGCUGGUAAUUUCUGUAGCUCUCAAGCAGCUUGUGUUGGAAAGAAUAUGGUAAAGUUUUUAUGAAAAGCAACUGCAUUGGUAAUAUAUUUUAAGUAAAUGUCAGAUGUGUGUUAGGUUAUCAAUACUUAUAUUGAAAUAUGUUCUGUCUGUGUAUAAUCCCAUACUAACUAUGGAAUGAAUAUUAUAUGUGGAGUCUCCGCCAUUUUUAAACUCUCAAUUUAGUGAUCACGACUAUGACUGAGAUCACCGAUCAUGACUUAUGAUAUCUCAAAUUGAUGUUUACAUAUUUGAUGUAUUACCAACUAUAGCCUAACUAUAUGAUACUUGUUUAAAUAUAAAUUUCAAUUUUGAAUUAUUUAAAAAAGAAUAACUCAAUUAGAUCGACGGACUUAUGAGGGGUAGAACUGGUAAACAUUAGUUGUUAAUACAUUAGUUUCAAAUGAACAAAUUCAACUCUUGUAGUAAUUAUGUCGCAUUUCAAAGUUUAGCUGUAAUUUAACCUAAGUUUGUUUGAUUCUAUAUUUUAUUACCAUGUAAUGUUCUCAUGACUUUGUAUGUUCUUGUUUUAGGCAAAAGUGAUUUUUUUCAAAUAGAAUCCAACCUGUUGAUAAAAAGUUACAAAGUGGUAGUUACCAUAAAAUUCAACAAAUUGAGUGCUUUAAAUUUGUAAAACUCAAAAAGUUGAAGAUCAGUUAUGAUAAAAUUGGCUCAAAUAAGGCAAAACGAAAAUAGGUAAGGGUUUUUAACAAUAUUCCCAUAAAAUAUACGGUAUUUGUAUGAAUUUCUACAAGCAUUGUAAUGUUACUGUUGAAAUAUGAAUUUGAAUUUCUUUGGGUGAUUUUCCAAAUAUUUUAGUAUUAUAAAUGCUUCAUGUGAGCUUCAUACUUUACUGAUAAGGAAAUUAUUUUAAGCUUGAAAAUUAAUUACUGGAAUUGAAUCUCAUUAUAGAUAUUGAUGCUACUGAAUUACCAUGAUAGUAUUGUAAAUGUCACUAUUAAGAUUGUUGUACGCCUUAUGUAAGUAGUUUGUAGUUUUAUUUUUAAAAUUUAGUAUUAUGGUUAUUCUCUUUUGGUAUGUUAACUUAUGAAUCUCAAUAAUGAACAAUUUUUUCAAUGAUAG